AUGAGCACCAACAGCCAAAAGCCCCCGCCAAAAGCACUGUUCUUCGACGUCUUCGGCACCGUCGUCGACUGGCGUAAAACUGUAACCAAAUACCUCGAAAGGCGGUCUUUCGAAACCCUCAAUUCUGGCUCCUCUUCGGUCGCUACCGCAGUCCGAACUAAGUGCGCAGAAGUCCAUUGGCCCACCUUCGCUCAGGAAUGGCGCAGCUCCUACUAUGCCUUCACGCGCGACCAAGCCAAGCGCAAAGACAAUGACCAAGCCUUAGCAUUCAAGACGGUGGACGAUCAUCAUCUUGACUCCUUACGCGCGCUGCUCGACCAACAUGGCAUCUCCGGACUAUGGAGGGAGGACCAGGUGAUCCAAGUAUCACGGAUAUGGCACUAUCUUGAAGCCUGGCCGGACUCGUCCCGUGGACUCAUGGCUCUAAAAGAUCAAGGUUUCAUCAUCUGCACGCUGUCGAAUGGCAAUAUCGAGCUGCUCACGGAUAUGGCUGUCCAUGCCGAUCUGCCUUGGACGCACGUUUUCAGCGCUGAGAAGUUCGGUGCUUACAAACCCCAUCCUUCCGUUUACACUUCUGCGUGCAGAGAAUUGGGGCUGGAGCCGGGCCAGUGCGCGAUGGUGGCGGCACAUUUGGCAGAUCUAGAGGCGGCCAGGGAGUGCGGCCUGCAGACUAUCUACAUCGAGAGAGCGCAAGAGGAAUCGUGGCCUCCGGAGAAAAUGGACGGCGCCAAAAGCAAAGGGUGGGCAGACAUGUGGGUGAGCGUUGGUGAUGAUAGCAAGGGAGGUGGAAUUCUGGAGGUUGCAAGAAACCUUGAGGGUGAGCAAAAGCUGUAA